AUGGAGGAGUUUCAAGGUCCAGAACCAGGAAGUCACCUGAUCAUGAGCGAGAUUCGAUCCCUUGAGCUCAACCAACGCAAAUGGUGGAUCUCUGUUUUCUUCAACAGCUUCUUGAUCUUAACCGGAGACUCUCUCAUCAUGCUUCUCUUGAACUUCUACUACGACCAAGACAAUCGUUCAGAGAAUGAUCAAGACCAACAGUACAAAGGAACAUGGACACAAGCUCUGGUUCAAAACGCUGCCUUCCCCAUACUGAUUCCACUCUUCUUCAUAUUACCAAAACCAAACCCUGAAACAAUCUCUGAAUAUCAAACCAGCAAUAACCGUGUUAUCUUGCUAUACGUUUCUCUUGGUGUUCUUGUUUCUGUUUACAGCAAGUUAUACGCACUGGCAAGAUUAUACGUAGGUUGGGGUAUUCUGGUAUCAGCUCAGCUGAUACUAACCUCCCUCUUCUCAGCUUUCAUAAACCGUCUCAAGUUCAACAGAUGGAUCAUCAUAUCGAUAAUCUUCACUCUUGCAUCAGACUUCUUCUGCACACCUGCGUUUUCCGGAACUCCUACUGAUGAUGAAUCUUACACUUACGGCAUCAAGGCUUGGCUGAUACUCAUAUUCCCUACUCUCGCCUUCUCCUUGUCACUCUCCCUAAUGCAACUCGGGUUCGAGAGAGUCUUGGUGAAGACAAAGAGGUAUGGUGAGAAGAAAGUGUUCCGGAUGGUGUUGGAGAUGCAAAUCUUUGUUUCCUUCGUGGCUACACUCAUUUGUCUAGUGGGUUUGUUUGCUAGUGGUGAGUUCAAGGAGUUAAAAGGAGAAAGCGAGAGGUUUAAGAAAGGGAGAACUUACUAUGUUCUGAGUUUGGUCGGUUUAGCUCUCUCUUGGCAGGUUUGGGCGGUGGGGCUGUUAGGUUUGGUGCUCUUGGUGUCUGGUUUAUUCGCUGAUGUUGUACAUAUGUGUACUUCACCGGUUGUUGCUCUUCUUGUUGUGUUGGCUUUUGACUUCAAGGAUGAUGACUAUGGUUGGCAGAGAAGAGGUGCUUUGUUAGGAGCAGUCUUGGCUUUAGCUUGUUACUUCUAUUACCUGCACAAAACAAAGAAGAAGGAGAUGACAGAACUGAACAAAAGAGAGCACAACAACAGCGAAGAAGCUUAG